AUGGCAGAAGCUUGUAGGCUUGGAAUCACAAUAGAUAGAAAGAGUAUUUGUACUCAAGAUGAGAAUUAUUGUGUUUUUAAUGUAUUAAGUGUAUUUAUAUCUCUUGUGUCUAUAUUCGCAGACUUAACUACAGAUAUUUUAGUUUUUGCAGAAUAUUGCAAAGAUGGAUACAUGUACUGGGCUUUGUCCACAAUGAUUUUUAUACUGUCUCCAAACAUUUUAAUAAAUAUUUUUUCAAUGAGAUGGUUUAUUAUUGACCAACAAGCAAAUCUUCGUCACUGGAUAACUCAUUGUAGUCUUGUUGGAUUAUUAGAAAGGUAUAUUAUAUUCUUACACAAGGUAUUCUCUUGUAAGAAUUUGGAAACAAUGAAAUCACAAACAUUAAUAUGCCAGAGAAAUGAUUUAAGUCUUUUACAUUUUUUGUAUAUUUUUACUGGAACUGUUCCACAGAUUAUAUUGCAAACAUAUGCCGUUGUUAUGCUUAAUGAAAACUAUCAAACUAAAGUAUUUGCAUUAGUAGCAUCAAUAGCAUCUGUGAUAUGGGGUUGUGUAACAUAUAUUUACAGUAUUACUACUUUUACCGCUGAUAAUUUUAAAUGGAGUUCCAUUAUUUUUAAGAUAACAUGGCACUUUGGUAUACUUGUAGGUAGAAUAGCAGGCAUUCUGUUAUUUACCAUAGUUUUUGGUAUAUGGACUUUAAUACCACUUGGCUUACACUGGACAGCGAUGACUUUCUGGAUUAUCACACAAAAGACUACCUUCUGUCCUAAUAAGUUUGAAGAAACAUUCUACAAUGCCGUUAUGGGUUUUGUUUAUUGUUUUUGCUAUAUAAAUUUAACAGAGGGCCACACAAGAUAUCGUUUGUUGAUGUUUUACACUCUAAUUGUGACACAAAAUUUUGGAAGUUUAUUCCUUUAUGUGCUUAUAUCUGAUACGGAGAAACAAAAUAAGUCUUGGUCAAUAGCUGCAACUGUUUGUGUCAUUGCUGGGACUGUGAUUGGUAUGCUGGCAAUGAUAUUUUACUACAGAUUUUUUCACUCCAAAGGACCUAUCACCUGGAAAAACUCGCAAGAUGAUGUUGAGUUAAAUAAUAAGGCAACACCACAUACAAAUAAAAACAAAAGCAAUGGAUUAAAUCAUAUUAGAUCGUUUAAAACUUCUAAUAAGGUUGCUGAAACAACAAGAAAUGAUAGUCUACCAAGUAAUCAACAAUUGCCACAAAACGAUAGUGAUAAUGCAGACAAAAAGUUCCUAUUAGAUCAUUGGAUUGCCAGAUCUGGUACACCCACAUUCACAUCCGCUCCAGUCGGCAAUCUAAGCAUGGAUGCUUCUAGCAUCGAAUUAUAUACAGUGGAAAAUACACCGCAAUCCGUGAUUCCUAAACGGAAUAAUUCAAUCAGUCUUACUAAAAUUACUAAAAAGAAAUUAUGCUCUCCUACAGAACUUACUCUGAAACUUUCAUCUAUAGAUAAUCUAGAAAGUUCUAUAGACGAAAUUACUUCUAGUACAUUGAAUUUACAGAAGCGACGUGGGAUUUGUUCUUCAGAUGAACUUAGAGAUGAUUUGACUAAUCUCAAUUUAGAAUGUAACAUUGUAAGCGAAGAUUUUGCUAAAACCAUCAAGACUGAUAGUUCUGAGAUCAGUCAUGAUACAGAUGGAUCAAAUAAAAAAACAUCUUCAGAUUCCAUUGACAUGGACUUAGAUUUAAGCUUUAGUGAUAUAAACAGUUCAGAUAUAAAUACAUUCAAUGAAAAUAUCGUACAGAAACUUUGUUUAAGCGCUUUAAAAAAUAUAAAAGUUGGUAAUCAAGAUGCUGAUAUAGAAAACAUACAACGAAUAGCUCUCGAUAUUCUUAAAGAAAUGUACACAAAAAAGGAUAAAAUAAAAAGUGGUAUAACAACUGAGUUACUACAAUCUAAACGAGAUCUUGAUACUCCAACUGAAAUUCUAUCAGUGCAUGAUUAUGAGAAUAUAUGUGCAGUAAAUAUUGCUAGAGAGGCCUGGGGCUUACGAUCCUGGAAUGGAUACUGUGAUAUCGAAAAUUGGUUACACGAUGGUAGCGUUGUUAGAGAUAGAAGUCGAGAUACUCUUACUUCAGGCAGUUCAGAAAUAAGCAGUUGCUUAUCCCAAGAAUUAAAAAAUGCUAUAUUAUCUGCUCCCGCUUUUCCGAAGAAGCCUCACACGUAUUCUAAUGUUUUCGUUAAGUUCGACAGAAGUCAUGAAGAUUAUGUCAAUACAGUGAUGUGCCACUCCAAUGAUGACACUUUCUUGGCGAAACCAUGCAUGAUAGAUACUAUGAAAGAUCCGAAUCACUUGGAACCGAUUUUAGAAGAACUGGAUGAUUUAGGUGAUAUCGAUAUAUCUUGCAAGAAACGACUAAAUUCAGAAAGUUCCUUAGUUGCGACAAUAGAUGAAAUUAGAAAAGCAACUGUAACCAAUUCUCCUAGAAAUUUAUACCAUAGACGCGAACACCAAUGGGAUUCCCCGCAAUUUCACAUAGAAAAAAGUGAUACAACACUAAAAAAAGCAAUAUGGAAGGAACCAUAUAAGUUUGAUUCCAGUAAUAAAAUGGAAUGCUUGCCAGAAAAAGACUGUAUUUUAGAUGUAUCCCACGGAUCUAAAUUUGAAUCGAAAGAUCCGGUCUUGCCAAUAUCCACUAAGCUAAGUAUAGAAGAUAAUAAAAAUCAAAUUAAAAAUGUUUCCCGGCGUCAAAAAACAAACGGCUCAAAAACUCCAACGAAAAAGAUGAAUAACAAACCUGAACAGCAUGAUUUAUCAAAUAAAGAUAUUGACUUUUUAUGGCAAUUAGUUUCCGACAGUUCAUUGCCUUUGAGUCAGGAAGAUAUCUCGUUAAGUCGUAAAACGCCAUCACUACAAUCGUUAAUACAGAAAGACGUACCUACUAAUGUUGUUAAUACUUCUGCUUCAAAAAUAUCAAACAUUAAAAAGAAUACGCGAACUAGACCAAGAAGAAAGUUUUCAAUCCUUAGAGAAAGAUUUGAACCAAAAGCAAAUUUACAUUCUGACGAAGAAAUCUUGUACCAUUGUUCAGAAAGUAUAUCCCAAGUUGAUUCUAACAUAAUGAAUGCUAGGAACCAACUUGAAAACUGUAAAAAUGAAUUAGUCUGUCAUCAAAAACAGCCAAACGUAAUAUCUAGUGAUGAUAAAAGUUCCAUUGAAUCUGAUAUAUCCUCAAAAAAUAUGAAAGAUAGAAGAUCUUUAUUUAUGAAACAGGUGCUCAGCCCGCCACGGUUUAACACAAAGUUAAGACAUAAGGUG